AUGCCUCGUAUCAACAGGAGUGCAAAUACUAUCACAAAGGGUGCCAACCUUAUGCAAUCCCUCUCAGAACAAAACAUUAUAUAUUUGAAAGACGAAUUUCUCCCCUCAGAAGGAGUGCAAUGCCUCGUAUCAACAGAUAUGGAUGAACUAUUGAGAAUUGCUGCUGCUGACCAUAGGGAAGAAUUGCGAUCUUUUAAAGAAGAGGUGGUGUGGUUAGGAAAUCAAUGCAAAGAUCCUCAAUUCUACAAUUUGGACCGUUAUUUCGUUAAGAUGGAGUCAACACCUCAACGAGGGACACCAUCAAGGAAAGAUGCAUGGGUGGCAAUGCUGCCAUUAAUGAAUCUUGUUCAGUCUACAUCUGAGUUGUAUCCCAAUUUGCUUGGCUUGGACAGACUCCAGCAAGAUUAUGAGCAUAAGCAGCAAGAACAUAUUAGCCUUGAUGAGAAAGAUAAAAACCAGAGGCUUUCAAUUCUGAGGUCAGAGCUAAGGAGUCGGUUGAGGCAUGUGAGAAGUUUGAAGAAGAAAUCGCUUUGGUCAAGGGCUCUGAAAGAGGUGGUGGAGAAGCUUGUGGAUAUUAUCCUUUGCCUCCAAAUGGAAGUUUCCAAAGCCUUUGGUAGUGCUGAUUGUGAAAGAGCAGCAGGAGAUUCUGCCGGCAAUGGUAGUAAAUUGGGGUCUUCUGGCCUGGCUUUGCACUAUGCAAGCAUUAUAACUCAAAUUGACACUAUUGUUGCUCAUUCGGGCUCUGUAACUCCAACAAUGACAAAUGAAUUGUACCAAAGUCUGCCACCAGAUAUAAAGUCAGCUGUGAGCUUUUGGCUGCGGCAAGUUCAGAUUCAGGAAGAGCCUGCAAUUCCAAUUAUUAAAGAUAAAAUGGAGAAGACACUGUCAUGGCUUGCUCCACUUGCUGCUAACACAAUCAAAGCACACUAUGGCUUUGCGAAACUGGGAGAAUGGGCAAAUAUGAGACUAAACCAGAGACCCACUGGCAAGGGUAACUUCAUCAGAAUCAAUACUCUUUAUCAUGCUGAUAAGGAGAAAACUGACCCCUACAUUGUUGAUCUGCUGUUCUGGCUUCACCAGCUGGUCCGCAAAAGAAGGGCGAUGAACAAUGGAGUUACCUGUUCUCUUGAUUUGACGGUUUCUUCUCUAAGCGAUGGAGAGAUCACAUUAUCUUCUCACAGUUCGCGUAGGGAUGUAAAUAAGAGGAAGCUGAUGCGAAGCACAAGUGAGACUCUGAUAUCCGAAACAGGAAAUCCCUAUUCAUGCUAUUACCAUCUACCGUGCGCAGGUUCUUGUGAUCCUCCCACCAAUACAAGUCCAGGGGUUUCAGUUCCGAUUCUAAAAACAUUAUCGAUGGACCUCGGCAUAGACAUGAUGACUGCAUUGGAUGCCAUCGAUGGAAUUCCCGCCCCUUGAAGUUUACAAGCAAUCACUGUGAGAAAAGCAAUAGCCACAGUUUGUACAAUAAUAGGUGUACGUCUACCUCUUGUAUACUGGAACUUGAAGUGAGAUGGUGGUCAGUAAGAUAUCAUUUGGAUAUGUAGCGGAUGCCAAAACGAUAUAUCACAUCGCCUGUUCGUCUUCUGAUAUGGUUAGAAGAGUAUCUACGGUCUUGCAAGACCAUGUGAACAUCCGUGUUACAGCUGACCAUAAGUGAAUGUGUUGGAUUCAUAUAUAUAUGUGUACAACCGUCCGCCGUGCUUUGCUUUUUGCAGGUCCUCCAAUUCGGAGACAGUGUACGAUCAAGGUCAACUGU